AUGGACUUAGAGAGGAGCAUCAAGGACGAGUCAUUCCCACUGCUGCCCAAAAGUAACCAUGACAACAAACCAGAUUAUUCCAUUGUCAAAGCGAGGAUCACAUCAGUGGUCAUACCUGCUUUGUGCAUGUCUGCCGGAAUUGCCCGGGACACCCUGAUGGCCCAGUACCUGGUCAAGAGGUUGACCGAAGACAAAGGUUUCACGGUCAACUCCACCGAGCAAGGUCCCUGUGGUAACACCACACUCAACGACACCAUCAUCAACGGCACCGAAAUUAUGAACGCCAACAAUAUACAUGCUGAAGCCUCUGAAAUGCUGACCUACUUCAGCUGGACUCAAUGUAUACCAGCAUUCGUCACGUGUUUGAUGAUUGGGUCAUACUCAGACUUUCUGGGUCGUCGUCUGCUGCUUCUACUUCCGGUCGUGACAAAUCUCAUCAGGACGGUCAUCAUCACUAUUGUCAUAAAAUUUCACCUUGACCUUCGUUACUCGUACAUCGCCUACGCCAUCGACGGCGUGGGAGGUUCGUGGUUCGCCAUGCUGCUGGGUAUGUUCGCCCUGACCGCGGACAUCAACUCCGAGAAAAGUGAUCGAACAUUCUGGAUUUACCUGAUCAGUUGUUUGUCCACAAUGGCCAGCGCUGGUGCCAACGUGGCCGUAGGCUACCUGAUAGCAUACCUGGAUUUCUUCUACGCCUGCUUGCCACUUCUGGGUAUGGCAUUUUCAGCUUUUAUAAUCCUGUUGUUUACAAUUCAAGAAACGUUACCUGUACAUCAACGACCAAAGGGCAAAGGUCGCAAUCCUUGUGUACACCUGAGAAGGAUCGUUUCCUUUUACCUGCUGGACGGGAGCUUACGUAAGCGGUUCGUGUUCAACCUGUGUUUAUUGAUCUUCGUCAUUGGCGUGAUGAACGGGUUAAACAUUGGUAGCUUGGACGCUCUUUAUCAACUAGGCAGGCCAUUUUGCUGGGGUUCCGAUCAGAUAGGAAACUAUAGCGCUUUCCGGUCGGCCGGAACUUCGUUUUUCGGCAUCCUGUUUUUGAAGUUGCUGCAGCUUUGUAUAAGCGAGGAGAAGAUUGGCAUGUUUGGUAUGUUGUCGCAGGGAGCGGCGUUAACGUUUGAAGCCUUCAUCAAGGUGCCCUGGCACUUUUAUCUAGUGCCUAUCCUGCUGAUUCCUACCUCGCCAUUUACAGCCAUAGUCCGUUCCAUGCUCUCAAAUCUUGCAGGUUCUGACUCUCAAGGCGCCAUGUUCUCCAGUAUCGCUGUAGUUGAGACCCUGUGUCAGCUGGUGUCCACGACCAUCUACAACAAGAUCUACGCGCUGACCGUUAGCUUCAUGCCAGGUGCUGUCUAUCUGGUCAUGGCUGGUUUCAGUUGUAUAACCUUCGUCCUGUUUGGGGUUUAUUUCUGUGUACGGGAAGAGCCACACCUUCAGCACGAGGUCGUUGUUCUUGAACCGGAAACACUUUCUCCCGUCAAUGUCUCGAUAAAUUCCUCAACUCACCCACUGGACUACGAAUACGGCAAUGGAGACACGAAUUGA